UCCCCGCCACUGGCCAAUGAGCAGCGCAGUGGCACGUCACGUGGUGACGUUUUAUAUAACACUUUGCUGAGACAAGACAGUUAUUAGGCGGCGCGGGCCGGUCGGCGUGGAGCUCACAGAGGCGCGGUGGAGCCGGGUGUGUGGCCGAGACCGUCCCAAUUCCUUCUAGCCGCCACUCCUUGCCCGUUGUCCCUAGACGUCUCUUCCCUGAGAGGGUCCUUCUGUCUAUAGCUGAACAGUUCAGACUGAACAGAUGUUUUGCUUGUCCUCAGAGCUUGUCUGCAACAACUUAGAAUUGGCUGAGCCGAUGGAGAAGGCGGACGCACCGGUGGAGAUCGACUGUGACGCUGAGCUUCUGCAGAGGCGACAGGUAGAGCUGGCCCCGAGGACUUCGACUUCGCCGGAAUGUAAAGUCCUCCUGACAGAAGCCCACGCCUUGGCGUCUCGGGGGUGCCUGCGGGAGGCAUUCGAGUUGUACAAACAACUCUCCCAGAAACAGCAGCUGGUAGCCGAGCAGUUAAAGCAGCUGGUGCUUUGCCUGGCCCAAAAGAUCGCGCAAGAAGAGGCACACCAGAGCAGCGCGUCAACCUGCCUGGUAGCGACCACCGAGGUAUGGGAAGGCUUUAAGUGCAGGAAGUGCCAUGGAUUUUUAUCUGACCCAGUGUCCCUGUGGUGCGGCCAUACCUUUUGUAAAAUGUGCCUAGAGCAGGAGUGCGCAAAUGAACGCAGUUGUGUCUUGUGCGGGGUCAAGCUGUCUGCCUUGAUGGCGCCCAGUGGGAGGGUGCGGGGACACCGGCGGGCCCCGAAGCCUGGGCCCCUGCCACUGCGAGUCAACGUGGUGCUUCGAGGUCUUCUUAUGAAGUUCUUCCCGGGACCCGUGAGGGCGUCGCAACUCCGCGAGGAAGGCAAUCGGCUCUACCGCGAACAGCAAGUGGAGGCAGCGCUGCUUAAGUACAAUGAAGCCGUGAGUCUGGAUCCUGACGACCACUUACUUUACAGCAACCGGUCUCUGAUCAACUUUACAUUGAAAUCACAUGAAGACGCUCUUCACGAUGCAGAAAAAGCUUGUCAACUCCGCCCAAGGGGUUUUAAGGCACAUUUUCGAAAGGCACAAGCCUUGGUCAACCUAGGCAAGGUGGAGGAGGCACUCCGGGAGUUCCUGUACUGCGUGUCCCUUGAUGGAAGAAACACAAAGGCACGAUGUGAAGCUCAGAAGGAAAACUCAGAGCUUCCACAUGGCUCUGGCCAGAGGCAACUAACGGGCAAAGUGGAGGAGCAACAACACAACGUGAAAGCCGAGGAAGACAAGGAGAAGCAGGACAUCGCCUCUGUCAAGCCUGGUGAAGGCAUGAAAAAGAAAAGGAAGCGUACACAAGUUGAUCCUGAAGAAGACGCAGAUAUUCUUCCUAAAGCCUUCAAGCAAGAUCUUUCCACUGAUCAGAGGCCCGAGCCUGCUCUUACGACUCCACUUACAUUCAAUGCUUCUGAUCUUCAAUGCUCACUGUGUAUGAGAUUGUUUUAUGAGCCUGUCACAACACCUUGUGGACAUACUUUUUGCUUGAAGUGUCUGGAACGCUGCUUGGACUAUAACUCAAAGUGUCCACUGUGCAAAGAUGGCAUUUUACAGUGUUUUGCCUCAAGAAAAUAUAGUAAAAACCUAAUCAUGGAUGAAUUAAUAGUGAAAUUCCUACCAGAAGAAUUUCAGGAACGAAAAAGAGUUGAAGAAGAAGAAAUGCAAGAAUUUUCUAGCUUACAUAAGAAUGUGCCUAUAUUUGUGUGCACCAUGGCCUACCCCACUGUUCCAUGUCCACUGCACAUUUUUGAGCCUUGUUAUCGCCUGAUGAUUCGUAGAUGUAUGGAGACAGGCACGAAACAGUUUGGAAUGUGUCUUAGCCACCCUAUUAAAGGCUUUGCUGAUUAUGGCUGUAUCCUAGAGAUCAGAAAUGUUAAAUUCUUUGCCGAUGGCCGCUCAGUGGUUGACAGCAUAGGCAAGAGGCGCUUCAAAGUACUCCAACAGGGCCAGUGCGAUGGCUAUAACACCGCUGAUAUUGAAUACAUCGAAGAUGAAAAAGUUCAAGGAGAAGAUUAUAUUGAGCUCAUGGAGAUACAUAACUGCGUUUAUGAGCUAGCAGCUGCAUGGUUCCGUUCACUGAAGCCAUCAAUGAAGAAUCGAAUCCUCAGUCACUUUGGUCCAAUGCCGGAAAAAGAUGAUGAUCCCCAGAUUAAUCCAAAUGGCCCCGCCUGGUGCUGGUGGACAUUAGCUGUACUUCCUUUGGAAAAUCGAGCACAGCUGCCUUUCCUAGCUAUGACAUCCUUAAAAGAUCGCCUGAAGGGUAUCCGCCGAGUUCUCACCUUCAUCGCUAGACAUCGAAACUAGCCACAGUGGGUUGCGUGAAGACAGGAGGUCUCCUUAUCAAUGUACCUAAUUGCAGUAACAUCAUAACAAAAGGGACUACCAAAUAGAAGCGUUACCACCUAUUGAGCACUCAGAAAUCAAGUAGAAAGAUCAAAAGAAUGUGACCUGUUUAAAAUGUUCUGUCUAAAGAUAACUCCUUGACACGCUACCAACUAUAUCAACAGCAAAAAGCAUUUAAGAGCCCAAGGGAUAACAACUGGAAGUUUGACAUAAAAUUGUCUGAAACCCUAAAGUGAUUUUGCUUUAAGUUUUUUCUUUCAUACAUGAGUGACUGUGUGGUUGAAAUGCAAAGAUACUAAUAAUGUUGUUAUAGUAUUUCAGUGACUUGAGGUCUCAUUCCAAUGGUUCAGGUUUUAUAGAGCAUUGUGUAAAAUAAUGUUCAGAGUUCGUUCUUGUUUUAAUAAUUUAUUUUUUGCACUAUUGUUUCCUUUUUUCUAUGUGUGUGUUUAUAACAAUUUAAAAGAACAUUAUUGAAAUGGUCAUUGCUUUAUUUAUUGAUGCGGUUUACGAUGGAUCUAAGGGAAAUAAUGAAAGUUAGAAAUGUGUAUUUUUAA